CUAUAAAUACUAAAUUUCUGUUUCACUUUCGUUACUCCUUAUCCCUUGCACAAAACUCAUAGCGUCAUUAUAUCAGAUCAACUUAAAAAAUUCCCCAAAAAAACCUCCAUCUCUUUCAUAAUCAUCUGUUCUGUGUGACUGUGUGGUAUGGCAGAUCUGAGUAAUCUUCCUAUCGGAAUUCCUAGAAAAAUUGCACUUUAUCUGAUUCACCUACUACUUCAUACCGCCGAUUUUACAACCUCUCCACACGCAAGUUUAUUAAGAUAGAUAUACCCCGAGUCAAGGAACAUCAUGACGACGACGACCACCGCAGGUUUUUCUUUUCAAAAGGAUGGAUCGUUACUGUCACUAUGAAACAAGCUCUCAUCACCUUUUUUGAUCCUUUCACUGCUACUCUCAUCAAACCACCAAGUAUCCCCAUCCUUUCUUUUGUCGGAGGUGACUCAUGGGAUGACGAAUGUUAUUUAUAUUAUUUUGAGAAAUUUAUAUUCUCUAAUGGUGCUUGGCCAUCUUCCUCAUCGUCUGAUCUUCAAGUUGCCAUGAUCUACGAUUUAUAUAAAUAUAUCGCCUUCUGGAGACCAGGCCAACAACAAUGGAUUAAGCCUAAUAUGGAUAUUGAUGUUCGUCAGAUCGAGGAUGUCUGUUUUUUCAAAGGAGAAUUUUAUUCCAUUGAUAUAUAUUCACGAGUUAUAGCCUUCGGAAGUGAGUUGCCAAAACGACCACCUCGGAUUAUUGCAGAUUUAAAAUCUCAAGGUCUUGUACCGUGUGCUCAUCGGUACUACAUAGUGGCCUUCGACCAAAAUGAAAGCACAUUGUUGAUAGUACAUAAAGACGUAUACGAGUUGCCUGACGUGUAUAAUACGAAUAAUAAUAAUGCCGCUUGGAAUUGGACUGAAUCGUUCCAUUUAAUUGAGCUUAAUGUUGAGGUGCCUGACGUGUAUAAUACGAAUAAUAAUAAUGCCGCUCGGAAUUGGACUGAAUCGUUCCAGUUAAUUGAGCUUAAUGUCGAUGAUGGCAAAGCCAAACUUAUUCACAAUCUUGGAAAUCGAGCUUUAUUUGUAGGUUACAAUUCUACUUUCUUUGUUGACUCACUUUCGGAUCAAUGUAAACGCGGUUGUAGACCUAAUUCUAUCUAUUUUACUGAUGAUAACUACGAGAAGUAUUACACUCUUGGAGGGGGAAAAGAUAUAGGCAUAUUUUGCUUGAGAGAAGGCAAAAGGAUUGAACAACCACUAUAUGAAGGUGGUCCUUCUCAGUGUAGCUAUGUGGCUCCACCUACAUGGGUGGAGCUCCCUCAUUACUAGAUUUUGUUUUUAUGUUUUAGAUUUGUAAUUGUCGGAUGGAACUACUAUAGGAACAAUCAAUUAUAUUGUGUUUUAUCUAUUUUCAAGACUAUUAUUACUGCAAAGUUGCAAGGCAA